AAGCAGAGCCCUGUGCCCAGAGUUGAGGUGUCCAUCGGAUGGGAAGAUGGCUGAUGCGCAGAACAUUUCGCUAGACAGCCCAGGGAGCGUGGGGGCCGUGGUGGUACCCGUGGUGUUCUCCCUCAUCUUCCUGCUGGGCACUGUGGGCAAUGGGCUGGUGCUGGCCGUGCUGUUGCAGCCCAGCCCCAGUGCCUGGCAGGAGCCGGGCAGCACUACGGACCUGUUCAUCCUCAACCUAGCAGUGGCCGACCUCUGCUUCAUCCUGUGCUGCGUGCCCUUCCAGGCCGCCAUCUACACGCUGGACGCCUGGCUCUUCGGGGCCCUCGUCUGCAAGGCUGUGCACCUGCUCAUCUACCUCACCAUGUAUGCCAGCAGCUUCACACUGGCCGCCGUCUCUGUGGACAGGUACCUGGCCGUGCGGCACCCACUGCGCUCGCGGGCCCUACGCACGCCGCGCCACGCCCGCGCCGCCGUGGGCCUCGUGUGGCUGCUGGCGGCGCUCUUCUCGGCGCCCUACCUCAGCUACUACGGCACCGUGCGCUACGGCGCGCUCGAGCUCUGCGUGCCCGCCUGGGAGGACGCGCGCCGGCGCGCCCUCGACGUGGCCACCUUCGCCGCCGGCUACCUGCUGCCGGUGGCCGUGGUGAGCCUGGCCUACGCGCGCACGCUGCGCUUCCUGUGGGCGGCCGUGGGCCCCGCGGGCGCCGCGAUGGCCGAGGCCCGGCGCAGAGCCACGGGCCGCGCGGGGCGCGCCAUGCUGGCGGUGGCCGCGCUCUACGCCCUCUGCUGGGGCCCGCACCACGCGCUCAUCCUCUGCUUCUGGUUCGGCCGCUUCGCCUUCAGCCCGGCCACCUACGCCUGCCGCCUGGCCUCGCACUGCCUCGCCUACGCCAACUCCUGCCUCAACCCGCUCGUCUACGCGCUCGCCUCGCGCCACUUCCGCGCGCGCCUCCGCCGCCUUUGGCCCUGUGGCCGCCGCCACCGCCACCGCCACCGCCGCGUCGGGGCUCCCCCGGGUGCCCGUCGCCGCGUCCGCCCCGCCGCCUGCCCCGGGGACGCCCGGCCUCGCGGGAAGCUGCCGGCGGGCGGCAGCCGGGCUGACGAUCCGGGGGAAGGGCCCGCCCGCGCCUUAGAGGCUGGACCACGAGCCCCGUCUGCCCCAGGACCGGAAUGA